CUCUCAUUUCACAAAAUUUUCAUCCUAACCAUUUCUCGCUCCUACCACGCAACACCAAAAAACUCACACUAAUACCAUGUUUUCCCCACCCUCCGCCACCAUCUCCGCCUCUAUAAACACCGGUAGCACCACGGAAACGAUAAAUACUACUUCUCCAUACUCUCUCCUCCCAGCUGACAUAAUCCAGGCCCACAUACUCCCUAUCUUAGACGGGUGUACGUUAGCUUCAAUGGGAUGUGUCACACCCGAGCUCCGCUCUCUUUCCUCCGACGAAAAGCUUUGGUCAGACAUAUGCCACUCCACGUGGCCGUCUACCACAACCCCACAUUUACGCCACCUCAUCUCAUCCUUCCCAGGUGGCGGGCCACGCAGUUUCUUUUCCCUCUCCUUCCAAUUCCCACUCUUUCCCUCCAUUCUCUCUUCUAAUCGUCACCCUCCAUCUUUAUCACCAUCUUGCUUACUCCCUGAGCAGCUAAUAUCGGCCGUUGAUAUCUUCUACCGUGGAAAAUGCAUUUUUUCCAAAGUUCAAGAGACGGAAACCGUGACCGGGUGGUUCCGGUGUUCUCCAUUACGGGUUGACCUGUUAGGCCCCAAGGAGUCUGUACCCACACCAAUAAGGAGACCCAGUCACGAUGACACGUGUCGCGAUCUAUAUGCUGACUUGGAGCUGAGCUGGAUAGUGAUUGACCCCACGGCGCAGCGAGCGGUAAACUUAUCAAGCUUCCGGCCAGUGUCGGUGGAGAGGCACUGGCUGAGCGGGGAGUUGCACGUGAAGUACGCCGCCGUGAUGGGAGGUGAGGUGAUGUGCAGCGUGGAAGUGACGUGCGUGGGAGGCGGUCCUGGCGGCAGCCUCGUGUUACACGUGAGAGAGGCUUGUCUGAAGAUGGAGGAGAUCAGUGGGGGCCAUUUGAAUGGGAAGGAUAGUUUGGUAAUUUUACAGAGGUUGUUGGAGGGCAAAAGGGGGAAUUUGUGUGGGAAAGGAGGAAUGAAGGGGAGGGUGGAAGAAGGUAGGAGGAGAUACUUGGAGUAUUUGGAGAGAAAGAAAGAGAGGAAAGAGAAAAUGUUGAGAAGAGAAGGUAAGUUAGAUGACAUGUGUGUUGGAAUUGGAGUGUUACUAAUUAUUGGUCUUAUUUAUGUGAUUUGUUUCUGUUCAAGAUAGAUUAGCCUCACACAAGCUCGUUAGAUGAGGAUUAGUUGUCAUCGAGUUUCGACUUUUGUGUAGGUAAACACUAAACAAUGUGGAGUUUAACUCGAUCCCCAAGGGAAAUGAGGAGUACACGGGAGACUCGGAAAGAAUACAUGUUGCUGGAAAAUCUAGCAUAUUGCUCAUAUUUCAAUUUUGGUUUUGUACAGUUUUUGCCACCCUUUAUUGUUUUUGUUUCGGAGGUAUCUGCCUCUGGUGGCCAAACAGAUAAAUAUAUUUACCUCUCCCUAUCUUUUUAUUCUUCUUGUUUGAAAUUUAUUUGUGAAACAAAUAAAAUGUCAAUUUAGGGGAAAAAAUAAAAUGAUACAAGAGCUAAUGAAAAUGAUCAAGAUACUAA